UUUACUUAUUUUCCCAGCACCACCAACUGCAUACCUUGGCAUCACGCAAUCCUUGGAACAAGUCGACAUACCAUUGGUAAACACGUUCGUCCAAUCUUCGCAGCACGACCAAGAAGGACCAAUCACCCUCUCCCCACACAUUUAAAAUGAAAUUUAAAACGAAAAUCGGAAUGCACACGAUGUUAGAGCAACAAUCGAACACAGGAUGGGCGGGCAAAUGGACAGGUGAGUGGAUAGGAGAGUGGGUAGGUGCAGACAAUGACAGGUGGAAGGGUGGAUAUGAAGGAAGUUGGAAGGGUGUGUAUUAUGAGCCGUUGAAUGAUGGAACGCGCAGGGAAUUUAGAGGUGAAUACAGGGGACGGUAUGAGGGUGAGUGGAAGAACGAGUGGAAAGGUGAAUGGAAGGGCGAGUGGAAAGGCGAAUGGACAAAUAAAGAUGAGUUAGAAAUACCGAUCAAGAAGGAACUAUAG